AUGCUGGUCAAGCUGCGCGAGAAGUGGGUGGGGCCGUCUGCGUCGAGCCGUGUCUACCUUGAGGCACUGGAGCCUAUCCUGGUUUCGCAGGUGAGGUCAACGUCAACGGCCACCGGAGUCAUACCUGCUCGUUAUCCUCCGCCACCAUAUCCCACGAGUCCAGUCCGCGAUGCCAAGUUCCGCGACAACAUCCGGGCGUCCGUCGCCUCGUACCACGCAAUACCGGGCACGAUCCUCAAAUUCCCCAUCGGCCUGACGAGACCCCUCAAGUGCGACUUGGACAGCUGCAAUGCUGGUAGCAUCUUCAAGAUGCUGCGGCCCGGCGGCAAAAUGAUAGCCGCCCGGAACGUCGUGAAGGGAAGCUUCACGGGAAAGUUCGCCGAGGCCGAGGACCUCGGGGAGGUAGGUGGUGGGCUGUCACGGAUACAAGAAGGUGACGGACUUCCGCCUGACGCACCCACCGGCAUAAGCAAGUAG